GCAAGCUUUGUGGCCGAACUGUCAAACACAUUUAUUGUUGUGUGAACUCCUGCUGCUGCAAGUCAUCAUAGUUGUUCCAGUUGAAAAGUUCGCGAAAAUAAUGGCUGAAGUAGAAUUAUUCGUUGCGGAAAAGGACGAGACUGACGUCCGGCCAAUGAAAGACACGACGUUGGAUGAAUUGGAUAUGGAGGACUUGUAUACAAAAUAUAAGAAAUUACAAAAAAUGCUGGAGUUUUUGGAGGUUCAAGAGGAGUACAUUAAAGACGAACAGCGUAAUCUUAAAAAGGAAUAUCUCCAUGCCCAGGAAGAGGUCAAACGGAUCCAAUCGGUCCCGUUGGUGAUCGGCCAAUUUUUGGAAGCGGUCGAUCAAAACAACGGUAUUGUGGGCUCAACUACAGGAUCGAAUUACUUCGUUCGAAUUUUGUCCACAAUCGAUCGAGAACUGUUGAAACCUUCUGCUAGUGUGGCACUGCAUAAGCAUAGCAACGCUCUGGUGGAUGUUCUACCGCCGGAAGCUGAUAGCUCGAUUUCUAUGCUUCAAGCCGAUGAGAAACCGGAAGUUCAGUAUUCGGAUAUUGGAGGUAUGGAUAUGCAGAAACAAGAAAUUCGAGAAGCCGUCGAACUGCCGCUUACACACUUUGAGUUGUACAAGCAAAUUGGUAUUGAUCCCCCGAGAGGUGUACUGAUGUACGGACCACCUGGUUGCGGAAAAACUAUGUUGGCCAAGGCUGUGGCUCAUCAUACAACAGCAGCCUUUAUUAGAGUUGUUGGCUCCGAGUUUGUCCAGAAAUAUCUGGGCGAAGGUCCUCGUAUGGUGCGUGAUGUAUUCCGUUUGGCAAAAGAAAAUUCCCCAGCUAUAAUUUUCAUUGAUGAAAUCGACGCAAUUGCCACUAAGCGUUUCGAUGCUCAAACUGGCGCUGACAGGGAAGUGCAACGUAUCCUACUGGAAUUAUUGAAUCAAAUGGACGGAUUUGAUCAAACGACCAACGUUAAAGUUAUCAUGGCUACCAAUCGUGCUGAUACACUAGAUCCCGCACUGCUGCGUCCAGGACGUUUGGAUAGGAAAAUCGAAUUUCCUUUGCCCGAUCGUCGUCAAAAACGAUUAAUUUUUUCGACCAUCACUGCAAAGAUGAAUCUAUCCGAAGACGUUGAUCUGGAAGACUACGUUGCUCGGCCGGACAAAAUAUCUGGCGCGGACAUCAAUGCAAUUUGUCAGGAAGCUGGCAUGCACGCUGUGCGCGAAAAUAGGUACAUUGUCUUGGCUAAAGAUUUCGAGAAGGGUUAUAAGAACAACAUCAAGAAAGAUGAAACCGAACACGAGUUCUACAAAUAGACAGUUUGAAGUGUUCUGAAGUAACUGAAUAAAUACAACAUAUAAAUUUCUAUAUAAUAUGUA